AUGACGAAACAGGAACUUCCCGAUAUUUCCGGCCUCACUACGAGGGCUGUGAGAUCAAUCGAUGAAUUCCAAGUAGACCAGACUGAGGAGGCCCGACGUGAUGCACUUGAAAGUGUUACGCGACUCCUGAGAGCCUUGGAAAGUCCCGCAGAUGCUAUUUACAAAUUAUUUGCUUCGCCUGCCGUUCUUAUGGCCGUUAAGACCGCCAAUGAUCUGAAUAUCUUCACUCUUUUAUCUCAAGCAACUUCUGUUGUCACAUGCGAAGAGUUAGCUGCACAGAAAAAUGCAGAUAUUCAACUUGUUGAACGUAUCAUGCGUGUUAUUGUUGCCAAUGGUUUUGCUACUGAGCCAGGUCCCGGUCAGUAUGGACCUAAUGAAUGGUCAAGCAAGAUGACAGAGAGAAAAGUGAUUGGAACGAUGGACUCUCUCUUCGUCGACUUUCUACCGAUUAUCCAAAAGACACCAGAAUAUUUUCAAAAGUCCAACUACAGAAAUCCUGGAGACCCCAAGGACGGGCCAUUCCAACAUGCCUACAAUACGACCGGUGACUGCUGGGACUGGUUAGCCGAGAAUCCAGAGGCACUACGCCGCUUUAACACCUUUAUGGAAGGAUCUCGGGAUGAUUCUUCUCACUGGGCGGAUUGGUUUCCCGUUCAGGAGCAGAUACUUAACGGAGCGUCGGCCGAUUGCCCUUUGCUGGUUGAUGUCGGUGGGGGUCGCGGUCAUGAAAUCGCCGGUUUCAGGCAAAGAUUCCCAUCAGCGGCCGGGAGGCUUGUACUCGAGGAUUUGCCAUCGGUUAUCGAGGAUAUCAAAACUCUCGACAGCGACAUUCAGAGAAUCAAACAUAGUUUUUUUGAUCCUCAGCCAGUCGAAGGAGCUCGCGCCUACUACUUCAAGCACAUCAUGCAUGACUGGUCGGAUGAAAACUGCAGAACAAUUUUGAAGCACAUUACCGCUGUGAUGACGAGAGGGUAUUCAAAGAUCUUGAUCGAGGAUUACAUCAUUCCUAGCCAAAAUGCCGGGCAAAAGGAGACCAUGACCGAUAUGAUUGUUAUGGUAUGGUGUCCAGGGAUUGAACGGACACGUCGAGGAUGGACAGAACUUCUGGAGUCGGUCGGAUUGAAGAUUAGUAACUUCUGGCUGCCUCGCGGGUCUCACAAAGGCAUUAUUGAGGCCGAGCUGCAGAUAGAGUCCGUAGAGGUCUAA